AUGGUUCCACAACAUCCAUCAUCAUCCAAUGAAUACAGUAUGUCCAAUAAUGCUGCAAGUUACCUAACCCUGAGCGUCCAUGAAAAAGCUGCAGUAGACGCUGAUAAUGAGCGCAAUAUUGUACUCAUUGAGCAGAAUGGGAAUUCAUCAACGAGCUCAAAAAGCUCGUCAAGCAAGACUUCCUCUCCUCAAAAGGGAGAUUUGCAGGUCGAUGAAUUAAGUGAGUCAAACACCGAGUUUGAUGAAAUGGAGUCUUCACUAGGAAAAAAAACCAUGGUAAGCCUUUCCGGUAUCCAUAAGGCUCUAGUGGAGCUCAAAGACUACUCGAAAAAGUCUGACGACCGCCAACAGGAGAUGUUGAAUGUAAUGCGCGAGACACAGCAGCAGCAUCAGGAAGUGUUGAAUGUGUUGUAUGAGCAACGGCAACAGCAUCAGCAACAGCAUCAGGAAGUAUUGCAUGCGUUGCUCAAUGUAAUGCGCUCCUCACAACAACAGCACCAGGAUUUGAUGGGUGUGUUGAUUGCGCAACAGCAAGAACAAAAACAGCAGCACCAGGAUUUGAUGAAAGAACUACAAAAACAACAAAAUAAUAAUAAAUAA